AUGAACAUCAGCAAUUCACGUUCCUUGACAUCCUUGUCAAAUCUAAGCAAUGGCCUCGCCUCACCACCACCAAGGCAACAUCUUGGCACUUCUGGCUCCUCUAGAAACAUCAAACUCCUGGCUGACACGCUUGACAAGGUCGAGCGUUCCUUAGAACUUUCAGAGGGAAGAAUUGACAAGGCACGUCAAGUGGCAUCGCGUACAAGCUAUGAGGAUGUCAGUUUCAUGCCUGGCGAAGAAGCCAGGCACUCAAAGUCAGGCAACGACGGUCGCCUAGGCAAAUUCGGAAGUCGAAGUGUCAACGAUAUUGCUCACUUGGCAAAUAAAUCUCCCAGAACGUCACCAUUUGGCAGUAGUUACGGAAUUGAGCGUCUUGGAAGAGGCUCAACCACCUCGCAAAAGAGUCCAAGGACCAGUGUUGGAUCCUUGACGGCCAUAGAUCCCUCAAAGUCCAAGAAGGACACCAUUCAAGACGUUACUUCACGUCUCACCGACCCAAACAACUUUCCAUCAGCUACUCGAUCGAGACUCGAGCAAGCUGCGAAAGAAAAAACCUACAACUCGAAUGGUAGUCUGAACUCACUUUCCGGCAAGACCUCUGCCAAGGCUGACGAAGUUGUCAAGAGGCUGACCGAUCCAAAGAAUUUUACGGGAGUUGCAAGAUCCCAAGCUGAUGACAAGAAAGACGGAGAAGGUUACGUCAAUGGAUAUGUCCACCCAAGCACUAACGACAAGGAAAAGAUGAGAACCCAAGGCAAGAUUUCAUUCUUUAACGGCAACAACCCACCAAUGGCAUCUGAGCCUGCCGCCGAGCGAGCACUUCCAGUCGCUCCUGCCGCGGCCACUAAUUCUCCUCAAGCUGGAAUCGCUACCUGGCUAUGA